AUGAAGAGUGACUGGUCUAAGAGCCAGCCUCCAGACUUCAAAGAUGAACAGCAGUCUGAAGAUCCACGAUCAGACCAGCAGCAUCACAAAGACCUGGACUCCAUAUUCAUGAUUAUUAUUCUGUUCCAGCUGCUGGAGGAGAACAUGGUCAGUUUUAUGAAGAAGGAGCUGAAGAAGAUCCAGAAGGUUGUGAGUCCAGAUUACCCAGAAUGCUCAGAGAGUCAGAGGGAGGAUGAGGAGGUGUUGGAGGGUGAGGAUGAAGAGCAGAGGAGGAGCAGCAGAGAUUUAUUCCUGAAGAUGACGGUGAACUUCCUGAGGAGAAUGAAGCAGGAGGAGCUGGCUGACUGUCUGCAGAGCAGAACUGUUGCUGCAGAGUGUGGACAUAAAGUUAAAUCUAGACUAAAGAAGAAGUUCCAGUGUGUGUUUGAGGGGAUUGCUAAAGCUGGAAACUCAACCCUUCUGAAUGAGAUCUACACAGAGCUCUACAUCACAGAGGGAGGGACUGCAGAGGUCAAUGAUGAACAUGAGGUCAGACAGAUUGAAACAGCAUCCAGGAAACCACACAGACCAGAAACAACCAUCAGACAAGAAGACCUCUUUAAAGCCUCACCUGGAAGACAUGGACCAAUCAGAAGAGUGAUGACAAAGGGAGUGGCUGGCAUUGGGAAAACAGUCUUAACACAGAAGUUCACUCUGGACUGGGCUGAAGACAAAGUCAACCAGGACAUCCUCUUCAUAUUUCCAUUGACUUUCAGAGAGCUGAAUGUGGUGAAAGAGAGAAAGUUCAGCUUGGUGGAACUUGUUCAUCACUUCUUCACUGAAACCAAAGAAGCAGGAAUCUGCAGCUUUGAAGACUUCCCGGUUGUGUUCAUCUUUGACGGUCUGGAUGAGUGUCGACUUCCUCUGGACUUCCACAAGACUGAGAUCCUGACUGAUGUUACAGAGUCCACCUCAGUGGAUGUGCUGCUGACAAACCUCAUCAGGGGGAAACUGCUUCCCUCUGCUCGCCUCUGGAUAACCACACGACCUGCAGCAGCCAGUCAGAUCCCUCCUGAGUGUGUUGACAUGGUGACAGAGGUCAGAGGGUUCACUGACCCCCAGAAGGAGGAGUACUUCAGGAAGAGGUUCAGAGAUGAGGAGCAGGCCAGCAGGAUCAUCUCCCACAUCAAGACAUCACGAAGCCUCCACAUCAUGUGUCACAUCCCAGUCUUCUGCUGGAUCACUGCUACAGUUCUGGAGGAUGUGUUGGAAACCAGAGAGGGAGGAGAGCUGCCUAAGACCCUGACUGAGAUGUACAUCCACUUCCUGGUGGUUCAGGCCAAAGUCAAGAAGGUCAAGUAUGAUGGAGGAUCUGAGACAGAUCCACUCUGGAGUCCAGAGAGCAGGAAGAUGAUUGAGUCUCUGGGAAAACUGGCUUUUGAUCAGCUGCAGAAAGGAAACCUGAUCUUCUAUGAAUCAGACCUGACAGAGUGUGGCAUCGAUAUCAGAGCAGCCUCAGUGUACUCAGGAGUGUUCACACAGAUCUUUAAAGAGGAGAGAGGCCUGUACCAGGACAAGGUGUUCUGCUUCGUCCAUCUGAGCGUUCAGGAGUUUCUGGCUGCUCUUCAUGUCCAUCUGACCUUCAUCAACUCUGAUGUCAACCUGAUGGAAGAACAACAAACAGCAUUCAAGAAGAUUAAAGUUUUUAGAAUCAAACCUAAAUUAUCACGUCUCCAUCAGAGUGCUGUGGACAAGGCCUUACAGAGUCCAAAUGGACACCUGGACUUGUUCCUCCGCUUCCUCCUGGGUCUUUCACUGCAGACCAAUCAGACUCUCCUACGAGGCCUGCUGACACAGACAGGAAAGUCACAGACCAAUCAGGAAACAGUCCAGUACAUCAAGGAGAAGAUCAGUGAGAAUGUGUCUGCAGAGAGAAGCAUCAAUCUGUUCCACUGUCUAAAUGAACUGAAUGAUGGUUCUCUACUGGAGGAGAUCCAACAGUCCCUGAGAUCAGGACAUCUCUCCACAGAUGAACUGUCUCCUGCUCAGUGGUCAGCUCUGGUCUUCAUCUUACUGUCAUCAGGAGAAGAUCUGGAUGAGUUUGACCUGAAGAAAUACUCUGCUUCAGAGGAGGCUCUUCUGAGGCUGCUGCCAGUGGUCAAAGCCUCCAACAAAGCUCUGCUGAGCAGUUGUAACCUCUCAGAGAGAAGCUGUGAAGCUCUGUCCUCAGUUCUCAGCUCCCAGUCCUCCAGUCUGAGAGAGCUGGACCUGAGUGACAACAACCUGCAGGAUUCAGGAGUGAAGCUGCUGUCUGCUGGACUGGAGAGUCCUCACUGUAAACUGCAAACUCUCAAUCUGUCAUUUUGUCUGAUCACGGAGGAAGGAUGUUCUUCUCUGGCCUCAGCUCUGAGCUCCAACCCCUCCCAUCUGAGAGAGCUGGACCUGAGCUACAACCAUCCAGGAGACAAGGGAGUGAAGCUGCUGUCUGCUGGACUGGAGGAUCCUCUCUGGAGACUGGACACUCUCAGGCUGAGCAGUUGUAACCUCUCAAAGAGAAGCUGUGAAGCUCUGUCCUCAAUUCUCAGCUCCCAGUCCUCCAGUCUGAGAGAGCUGGACCUGAGUAACAACAACCUGCAGGAUUCAGGAGUGAAGCUGCUGUGUGCUGGACUGGAGAGUCCUCACUGUAAACUGGAAACUCUCAGGUUUUCUGUGCAAAGUACAAGUUCUUCUGGAAUCUCAUCUAUGUCCUUCAAGAGUGAGCGGUCUAUGGGUCGACCAAUUAAAUUUGAUGAUGAUCGUCAGUCUAUUGAUUCAAGGUUUUCUGUGCAAAGUACGAGAUCUUCUGGAAACUCAUCUGUGUCAUUUAUGAGUGAGCGGUCUAUGGGUCGACCAAUUAAAUUUGAUGAUGAUCGUCAGUCUAUUGAUUCAAGGUUUUCUGUGCAAAGUACGAGAUCUUCUGGAAACUCAUCUGUGUCAUUUAUGAGUGAGCGGUCUAUGGGUCGACCAAUUAAAUUUGAUGAUGAUCGUCAGUCUAUUGAUUCAAGGUUUUCUGUGCAAAGUACGAGAUCUUCUGGAAACUCAUCUGUGUCAUUUAUGAGUGAGCGGUCUAUGGGUCGACCAAUUAAAUUUGAUGAUGAUCGUCAGUCUAUUGAUACAAGGUUUUCUGUGCAAAGUAUGAGUUCUUCUGGAAUCUCAUCCAUGUCAUUUACGAGUGAGCGGUCUAUGGGUCGACCAGUUAAAUUUGAUGAUGAUCGUCAGUCUAUUGAUUCAAGGCUGAGCAGUUGUAACCUCUCAGAGAGAAGCUGUGAAGCUCUGUCCUCAGUUCUCAGCUCCCAGUCCUCCAGUCUGAGAGAGCUGGACCUGAGUAACAACAACCUGCAGGAUUCAGGAGUGAAGCUGCUGUCUGCUGGACUGGAGAGUCCUCACUGUAAACUGGAAACUCUCAGGUCAGGAUACAGCUGCUUGUUGAUCAGUUAAAUCCUGAUUUAGGUUCAUGUUGCUACAAGUUCAACAUGUUUCCUUCUUCUUCUUGAGUUUCUGAUAUGUUUCUAUCUCCAGACUGUCAGGUUGUCUGAUCAC